AUGGACAGGGAGGCCUGGCGUGCUGUGAUUCUUGGGGUCAUAUUUGAAUGCACAGAGGCCAAAAAACAUUGCUGGUAUUUUGAAGGACUCUAUCCCACUUAUUAUAUAUGCCGCCCUUACGAGGACUGCUGUGGCUCCAGGUGCUGUGUGCGGGCCCUCUCCAUACAGAGGCUGUGGUACUUUUGGUUCCUCCUGAUGAUGGGUGUACUCUUCUGCUGUGGAGCCGGCUUCUUCAUCCGGAGGCGCAUGUACCCACCACCGCUGAUUGAGGAGCCGGCAUUCAACGUGUCCUACACCAGGCAGCCCCAAAACCCCACUCCAGGAGCCCAGCCGCUGGGGCUGCCAUACUACACCGACCCCGGAGGAUCGGGGAUGAAUCCUGCUGGGAACCCCGUGGCAAUGGCUUUCCAGGUCCAGCCCAACUCAUCCCAGGGAAGCACGGCCUACCCCCCGCCCCCUUCCUACUGCAACACGCCCCCACCCCCAUAUGAGCAGGUGGUGAAGACCAAGUAG